UCACAAAUUCCCCAAAUCCCAAACAUCUCGACUAAUAGUAAACGUGUUAUAGCCGUAUUUUAAGUAAUUAUUUUUAAUUUUCCUCUAGAACGGCUACCUUCUUUAAUUUACGAUAAACUCUUGAGCAAAUGCUAACAUUCUACUAAGGCUGAUUUGCAGCUGUUUACAAAGAAAUUCCCGUUCUCUCAGUUCCCGUAGGAAAAAUAGGAUUUUAACUGAAGAUGGCCUCUCGAGGGAAAUCAGAAACUGGAAAAUUGAGGCAAAAUAUGGAGGAACAACUUGACAGACUAAUGCAGCAGCUUCAGGACCUGGAGGAAUGCAGAGAAGAUCUGGAUGAGGAAGAGUACGAAGAGACAAAGAAGGAAACUUUGGAGCAGCUGGGUGAAUUCAAUGACUCCUUGAAGAAAAUAAUGUCAGGAGAUAUGACACUUGUGGAUGAACUCAGUGGGAUGCAACUGGCGAUCCAAGCUGCCAUCAGCCAAGCCUUCAAAACCCCGGAGGUGAUACGACUUUUUGCUAAGAAGCAGCCAGGACAGCUGAGAAGCAGACUGGCAGAGAUGGACCGCGAUGUGAUGGUGGGAAAACUGUCACGGGACGUGUACACGCAGCAGAAAAUGGAAAUCCUCACUGCCUUGAGAAAACUGGGGGAGAAGCUCACCCCAGAAAACGAAACGUUCCUCACUGAAAACGCCACAGCGACCCUGAGCCAGUUUGAAAAAGUGACUGCAAACCAAGGGUCCGAAGACAAAAUAAUGGCUUUAGCUAGCUCCGGUGUGAAAACAAAGUCAUAGCAGUUCUGCAAAAAAAAAA